AUGACUUCGCAGUUGCCACCUGACCCGAUCCUCGCGUUCGUCGUGCCGAUGCUAGCUCGCGCGCUCCAGGCGAAGCAACAAGAGGUCGAGACACUUACUGAGCGCCUCCGCGUCGUCAGCGAGACCGACACGCCCAAUUCGCUCUCGGACCCUGCUGCUGCGACUCAGCCUGCGAACCAACCUUCGGACGUCAUCGCACUCGAAACGGCACACGCCAAGGCGGUCGCCGACCUGGCGCUGGCGAAGUUCGAGGCCGAAGUCGCAUGCCAGGGGCAAGAUGCAGCGCGAAUGGAGCAGCAGCGGCUGCAAAAAGCCCUCGACGAAAAACAUGUGCUUUUCGAAACGGUCGCAUUGAAACUCGAAGGGGAGGUCCGCGCCCACCGCGAGCGCAUCGAGAAUCUGAAAAAGCGCGGGCAGCUCAUGGAGGCCGACAACAAGAUGAAAUCCAAGAAGAUCGCUAAUCUGGAGAGGAUAAAUGCAAUGCUGCGUCAGGAGCUCGACAUGGCUGAAGCACAGAACGAUGUCGCUGCGGAGAAAUAUGCGGUGCUCCUCCAAGCCAACGAGCUCCUGCGGGCCGAUCAUAAUGCAGACGUCACGGCGCAGGAACGGGCUAUGCCUUCGGUGAACCCGUUCCCACUGGCAUGUGGACCACGUCAGCGUAUUCAAGUUCCCAAAGUUGAAGUGGACAAAGUUGAAAAGGGCGCUCCAGAAACCACGCGGCCUCCCAGACCGGAACUGGCUCUCACGAUCCCUAUUCGUCCACUCGACGUCCCGCGGGCAGCGCACGCUGUGACCUCCAACCCAAGAGCGCAUUUUAUAGGCCCGAGAGCGCAACUCCCGGUCAUCCCUCUGACGUCUCGCGGGAAUCGCAGACGCUUGCAGCUGGUGGGUGCGCCCGCUUGCAACGAGGACUGA